CAGACAGAUGUUGUUGCUAUGGCAACGGGAGGGGGGAAAGUUGAGGACUUGAAGAAUUAAUUAUUCAUGGCAGCAGCUCUCAGAGGAGGAGGAGGAGGGGUGGUUUUUGGUGGCUCUGCCAUUAGUGUUGGUGAAGAGGAAGAGGAGGACUCUCCUGCAGUUUUACUGAGUGUUUUGGUUCAGCAUGGGCAGGUGGGCCUCUGCUUCUAUGACAGUGAGGACUCGUCUUUACGCUACAUGGUGGACACACCUGACAACCAAGAGCUCCACCUGCUGGCGAGAGUCAUUCGGGAGAUUAGUCCCCAUGUAAUCAUCACCAGUGCAAAGCAGGAGCACUGCAUGACCCGCUACCUGCAGCAACUAGGUUCAAACCCACACUACAGACCAGAGGUGGUCACGUAUCCGUACGUCGACUUUGGUCUGGAGGUCAGUAAGCAAAGGCUGCUCUCUGCCCAUCUGCCUCUCCUCCCCGCUUGCAUUUCUGAGAGAGACAAAAUGUCCUACCUCUCCUCCUGUAUCUCCUUUGACUCUUCCCUGAUGCUAAGGGCAGUGGGCGCUCUGCUGAAAUGUCUGGACAGGAGGAGAGUGGGAGUGGAGUUGGAAGACAGCAGUGUUGGAGUACCCAUCCUGCAGUUUCACGCCUACACACUCAAAGGAGUGGUGUACAUUGACCCAGACACCUACAGCGUACUGCAGAUCUUCAAAUCAGAACUCCACCCAUCAGUCUACAAGCUGCAUUCAGGUGAAAAAGAGGGACUCAGUCUUUAUGGGAUCCUGAAUCGCUGCAGGUGCAAGUUUGGCUCCAAACUGCUGCGUCAGUGGUUUCUGCGGCCUACGCAGGACCUGAAGGUAUUACACAGAAGGCAGGAAGUGAUACAUUUCUUCACAUCACCUCGGAACUCGGACAUCCUGAGAACCCUGCAGUCCUUGCUACGCAACAUCAGAAACAUACCUACUCUUCUGAGGCGGAUGACUCUCUCUCACACCAAAGUGACUGACUGGCAGAGUCUCUACAAGACAGUGUACAGUGCCGUGUGUAUCAGGGACACAGUGCGUCACCUGCCUCAGUCCAUUCAGCUAUUUCGUGAUAUCAGUGAAGGGUUCUCUGAUGAUCUCAACUAUAUCACCUCCCACAUCAGCAGAGUUGUGGAUUUUGAAGCCAGCUUGGCAGAGAACCGCUUCACAGUCAAACCCAACGUGGAUCCUGCUAUUGAUGAGAAAAAGAGGAAGAUGAUGGGGCUGUCUGACUUCCUGACAGAUGUUGCCAGGAGAGAGCUUGAACACCUGGAUGCUCGAAUCCCGUCCUGCUGUGUCGUCUACAUCCCUCUGAUUGGGUUCCUGCUGUCUUUGCCUCGACUGCCUAGUAUGGUGAAGGAAGAGGAUUUUGAGAUAGAGGGACUCGAUUUUAUGUUUCUUUCAGAGAACCGACUCCACUACCGCAGCCAGAGAACCAGGGAGCUCGAUGCGCUCCUGGGAGACUUGCACUGUAUCAUUAGAGACAUGGAGACAGCAGUUAUGACACAGUUGCAGAACACAGUCCUUGAAAGGAGCGAUUCCCUCUGUAAGGUUCUUGAUCUCACUGCUGAGCUGGACUGUCUGAUGGCGAUGAGCAGCGCCUCACAGGAGAACAAUUACACCUCGCCCAAGCUGGCCAGCAACAGGAAGAUAACUAUCAUACAGGGCAGGCACCCGCUUUUGGAGCUGUGCUCUCCUGUGUUUGUGGCCAACUCCUUCCACAGCUCUGAGUCGGAGGGCAGAGUCAAAAUAAUCACUGGCCCCAACUCAUCUGGAAAGAGCAUCUACCUCAAACAGGUGGGUCUGAUUGUGUUUAUGGCUCUGAUUGGUUCAGACGUGCCGGCGAAGGAGGCGGAGAUCGGUCUGGUGGACGGGAUCUUUACCCGCAUGCAGAGCAGAGAGUCUGUGUCCGUGGGCCUCAGCACCUUCAUGAUAGACCUCAACCAGAUGGCACAGGCUCUUAACAGCAGUACUGGCAACUCAUUAGUCCUCAUCGAUGAAUUCGGAAAAGGAACUAACACAGUUGAUGGACUGUCCUUGUUGGCUGCAUCGAUCUCUUACUGGUUGAGGAAGGCCCUGGGUGAUGUUCCUCACGUCCUGGUUGCUACUAACUUCCACAGUGUGGUGCAGCUGGCUCUGCUACCAUCCUCUGCCCUGCUGUCUCUCCUGACCCUAGAGACAGCAGUGGACGGAGAUGAGUUGGUGUUUCUGUACCAACUGAAGGAAGGGAUCUGCCAGUCCAGCUAUGCUGCCAACAUUGCUACACUGGCAGGCCUGCCAACUUCCCUUGUACAGAGAGGAGUGGAGGUGUCUGAGCUGUACAGGACAGGAAGACCCAUCAAACGCGAUGACAAAGCAUCUUCAGAUGAGCAGACAAAGAGGUGCUGGUCUGUGGUGGAGAAGUUCCUCAGCUUGGAACUGGAGGACAAAGAUUUGGAUCUGCAAAGAUUUUUGAAAGAAGAGCUCCUGCCCUCUGCUGGAGAUCUGCUGAACCGCAGCUAAACGCUUCACCCUUUGCAGCAAACACAUUUCAGCACCACUGUGGUCAGUCCGUUCAUUUGUUCUGAAAUGUUUUUGCGUUGGAAGAAAGCUGGGGCAGAUUACACAGCAACACAACCUUUAUUACAAGAUACACUGAAAUGUAAUGUUGUAGCAAAAAAAAAAAAAAAAAUAACACAGUU